AUUGAUUUUGGUUGAGUUGUGAAUUAGAAAUACUUAAACUUUGAUAUGAUUCUUCUAUCAAUGAUACAGAUUCUUUAAUCGUUAGCAAUAUAAUAAUCAUUGUAGCAUUCUAAAACACAUCCAACAUCUGGUUGAAUAAAAGAAGUACUUCCUGAACAAAAACAUUAACCUGAUAUCAGGCUUCCUUAGUAACAAUAUAAACAUUAAUUUUUAUUAGGUCCAUUACAAGCUAUACAUGAAGGAUGACAAAUUUCAGCAAACAUAAAUAUAUUUCGUAGAUUAAUUUAUGUCAUAGAUUAAGUUGAUAAUAUGAAGUAAGAAUAUAA